AUGGAAGACCAUGAUGUAGACGAUCUUGACCUUUUAGCAAGUCUUGUCGAUAGUGAUUCUGAAUUUCUUGACGAUGGUAGCCUUUUGGAAGCAAUUCCAUCGAAUGCUUCAUCGCGAUCGCCAACAGAAACACAGCCAAGAGCCAAUGAACAAGGCAUACGAUCUGGAACAACAUCGAAUUUGACCAUGGAAGAAAUGGCAGCGCAAAUGGCUAGCAUGGAAGAAUACAUAAAAAAGCUUGAAGCAGAAAAAGCUGUUUUGCUAUCACCAACAACACUGAAUAAUGAAAUUAGAUCAGGCUCUUCUAAAGAAGAACAAGAGUUCAAAUUGAGUGAGAAAAAGAGCUCAAAGCAAGACAAGAGCCAGCAGAUGCUCUUUUCAAAGGACAACAAAAGAACAGCCCAUGCUCCAGCACACUGUAUUAACAAGACAGGUAAAGAGUACAAGAAAUGUAAAAAAUUCCUCAAGCUACAGUAG